UACGUCGCAGCCGUUCAUGAGCACAGUGUCGUUUUGUCAGAGGACACUGAAGUGCCAGUUUCUCUUGACGGGGCCUUGAUGCUGAUGGACAAAAAUAUGGCAAUUUUGGAAGCAGCUGUCAAAGCAGCAGACAGACAGGGUGCCCAUAUCAUUGUGACUCCUGAAGAUGGAAUUUACAGCUGGGUCUUCACAAGGGAAAAAAUAUACCCUUAUCUCAAGGAUAUCCCAGACCUACGGGUGGACUGGAUACCGUGUGCUGAUCCUGCAAGGUAUCGUCCCUGCUUAGCCCGUGUAUCAUGCCUGGCGAGGAAUAACUCCAUCUAUGUGAUUGCCAACAUGGGAGACAAGAAGCCGUGUAACUCCAGUGAUCCAAGGUGCCCAAAUGAUGGUCGCUGUCAGUACGAUACCAAAGUUGUCUUUGACUCGGAAGGGAAACUGGCAGCUCGUUACCACAAGUACAACCUUUUCAUGACAGAGAAACAGGUUAAUUACCCGAAGGAUCCAGAAUUUGUGACUUUCAAUACAUCCUUUGGCUACUUUGGCAUUUUCACUUGUGCGAACAUACUCUAUCAUGACCCAGCUGUGGUCUUGGCAAGCAGAUUUCAGGUUGACACCAUUCUGUUCCCAACUGUUUGGGGUAACACUCUCCCACUGUUGUUGACAGUCCAGUUUCACUCAGCAUGGGCUAUGGGAAUGAGCGUCAACUUUCUUUCAGGAAAUACAUGCAACUCCACUUUAGAUGUGACAGGUAAUGGUAUUUAUACCCCAGAUGGUCCGAGAGCAUAUCAUUAUAAUACGGAAACGGAAAAUGGUCACCUUUUGGUGGCAGAACUGAGUUCACACUCAUGUCUGUCUCCUGACUAUCCCGCUGCUGUUAACGGGAACUUGUACGCCAGCAGGAUCGAACAGCUUCCAGCAAAUGGCCACUAUUUCAGUGGGGUUGUUUACUAUGAUCUCUUCUCCUUCAUGGAGCUCCCUGAAUCCGAGGGAAAUCGUGCCAUUUGCCAGCAGGACCUCCGUUGCCAUCUGAAUUACAAGAUGGUGGAGAAGCAGAAAGAUGACAUUUAUGUUCUGGGUGCCUUUGAUGGGCUACAUGUUGUUGAAGGAGAGUAUUAUUUGCAG